AUGGGCAUUCAAGGUCUCCUCCCACUGCUCAAGUCAAUUCAGAAACCAUGCCACCUUAAACAACACUUUUCUGGCAAGACCCUGGCUGUUGAUGCAUAUGGUUGGCUACACCGCGGCACUAUUGCCUGUGCCAUUGACCUUGCCCAAGGCAAACCCACCAGGAAAUGGCUCGACUUUGUCAUGCACCGGGUUCGCAUGCUUCAACAUUUCAAUAUCACUCCUUAUCUUGUCUUUGAUGGCGACUAUCUGCCCAGCAAAUCCGGAACCGAAAAGGAUCGUGCCGCUCGUCGUAGGGAUAGCAAGGUCAAAGGACUCGAGUAUUUGCGUCUAGGCAAGGCCUCUCAAGCUCAGGCCGAGCUGCAAAAAAGUAUUGAUGUGACGCCCGAAAUGGCCCGUCAGCUCAUUGAUGAACUCAGAAAGCUCAAUCUCCCUUACAUUGUUGCUCCUUAUGAAGCCGAUUCGCAGAUGGUCUACCUUGAACGCUGCGGUCUGGUUCAUGGCAUUGUCUCCGAAGACUCGGAUCUUCUGGUCUUCGGCGCUCGCUGUCUGCUCACCAAGCUCGACCAAUAUGGAGAGUGUAUCAUGAUCAAAAGAGACGACUUCACUGCCUGCCGCGAGAUCAGUCUAGUCGGCUGGUCCGACGCUGACUUCAGGCUCAUGGCCAUUCUGAACGGGUGUGAUUAUCUGCCUGGCAUCGAGAAAAUGGGUCUCAAAACUGCAUACCGCAUGAUUCGCAAGCACAAAACAGUCGAACGUAUCAUCCGUUCUGCGCAAUUCGAAGGCAAGAUCAAGGUCCCUCCCGGCUAUCUUGAGGCUUUCGCCAAUGCGGAAGCCACCUUCCUCUACCAAUGGGUGUACUGUCCUGAAUCUCGCUGCUUGGUCAACUUCACCGAACCCGCUUCCGAUGUGGAUCUCACUCAAUUCCCUUGUAUCGGCAAGCACAUUGAGGCCCAAGUUGCAGCCGCUGUGGCAGUUGGCGACUUGCAUCCACACACGAAGCAGCCUCUUUGUGCACCCAAAAUUUUGCGAAAUGCAUUCCAGUCCAGUUCUCGCAACCGUGCCCAAGCUCUUCAGACACCCGAGCUGAAGAAACACAAAUCAAUCGAUAGUUUCUUCAAGCCCCAACGCACCCCUCUGGCUGAGCUCGAUCCCAACAUCUUUACGCCCUCACCCAGUCAGCAGCAUCUGUUACAGCGCAGUCCAGCUUCAUGGUCGGCCGAACCUCUCCGGCGUCCCUCACUGCUCUCACGUGCAGCCUCGACUGCACAUGCUCCGCAACUACCACAGCGCCCUUCGGUCGGAACAUCUCGGAACAAGUCUAAUUCGCCGAAGCGACAACGCUUGUGUGCUGAUGGAACUUAUGCAUCUCCCUUAUCGACACCGCCUGAACGCGUCGAAUCGGGGACAAGCAAGUUUUUCAAGACCAACACAUCGCGCAAAAGUCCUGUGCUUGAGAGGUCAAAUAGUAUAUCAAGGGACGAGUUUAACCUCUGGUCUGACGACUCAAUUGAGCAAGCCAUGAGUUUGUUGCCCGGCCCAGAUGAACAACGAAGCUCAGUCGGAGCCACGAGGAAGAUUUCGGUCUUUCAAGAUAUUGGCAGCCCAGACGUGCCUGGCGAGACCUCUGACGCAACAACCGAGACGCCCUUUACAGCUGGAUCUGACCACUACGAGCGAGUCGAAACGAAAGAGGGAUGA